GCAUUUGGAACAAUGAUUGCCCCUUUUGUUGCACUCUCAUUGCUUUCUCUCUGUGGGACUUUAGCCCAACAACUGCAGGAGUGUUCCGAUCCAGCUGCAAGCCCGGAAGCUUCGCCAUGUGUUAUGGGUUUGUGCCCAGAUGGUCAAAGUUGCAUAAACUCACUGAGAGGAGAGAUGUGUUGCGACAGCACCAAGGUUUACGAUGUAACAACAACAACAACUACCACUACAACUACUACAACUACAACAACCGCGCCUUGUGUUGACCGCCUUAAUCCAAACACUGGCAUCUCGGACUGUCCCAAUAUGGUAAACUUCUGUAACAACGCCAUCUACUACAACCUUAUGACAGUGCAAUGUCCUAAGACAUGCGGCAGAUGUGGGUGUGUAGAUCGAGUGAAUCCGAACACAGGAGCAUCAGAUUGCUCACGCUUAAGUUACCUUUGCAACAACCAACUUUACCCACUUUACAAAGAUACAAUGCAUCAACAGUGUCCUAAGACAUGCGUCGUCGCGCUGAGUAUUAAUCAUGCUCAUGCCGGUGGAUUCAUCGUCGGAAGGUCUAGAGGGAAGUCUUACUGCGCAGAAGCGCCGUUAAUCAGCUUAGGAUACCUCGUGACGAUGAUCUGUUUUGAGGAUGAUGGCACCAACGGCGAGCUGGGAAUAGGAAUCUCGACGUGCGAGUCCGAAGACGACAUCUCGCGGGAGUUGAUGGAAGUUCGUGGACGAGUACCCAUGGCAAAUCCACAGGACGCGCAGACGGACGCGCAACCGGGUGAUACUGCGGACUCGAACGGUACUAGUAGGCAACACUAA